UCGGUGACAAAUCUCAGUACGUCGGUGACACAAAAGCCUUCCCACCCCCAUUUCUCGCUCCCCCUGUUCUCAUGUGGGCCCUUUAAAUCAAGGGACGGCCAUAAAGCAAAGGCUACAUUUGACAAAGAAUCUUCUCUGCUAAGAAAAUCCAAUAACAAGUGAAAAGGAAAACUAUUAUCCUAACAAUUAAAGCCGAGCAGAGCAUGAAAAAGGAACAACAUACACAGCUGGAGAGACCCACAAAACUCAAAGGGUCUAAAGGUGCUUGAAGAAUAAGUUAUCAUCGUUUCACAUUUAUUUCUUAGUCCCUGUUUCUCUGGGUUUCCAUCUUUUUCCAACCAUAAGCGACUCACAUUCCACAACCUGUAAUAUAUAACUUUUAUGGCUAUAAAAAAACAUAUGAACAGAACAAAGUAUGAAUUAUUACUUGCCUCCUUUCCAACUUUUUCUGAAAUAAUAUAUAAGCAGCACUCAUGAUAUCCAUCCCCCCUUCUUUUUUUUUCUUCCUUCAUAACCAUACUCGGUUGGCUAGGCCAUGAGUUUUGAGCCCUGUAAGUCACACCUUUGCUUCCUGCAAAUUAAACUUGUGAGGGACAAUUACGAAGAACGAGACUAAACAGGUAUUAUGGGCACAGUUCGUAAACUAAUAGUAGAGGUUGUGGACGCUCGAGAUCUUCUCCCGAAAGAUGGGCGCGGCACUUCCAGUCCAUACGUGAUGGUGGACUUCUACGGCCAGCGGAAACGAAUCCCGACGGUGGCUCGUGACUUGAACCCCGCCUGGAAUGAAACGUUGUCGUUUAAUGUGGGUAAGCCUUCUGAUAUUCUCGGUGACAUGCUUGAACUCGAUGUUCUCCAUGACAAGAAUUACGGUCCCACCCGACGCAACAAUUUCCUGGGUCGAGUUCGGCUGAGCUCUUCUCAGUUUGUGCGUAAAGGCGAAGAAGCCCUGAUUUACUACAAGUUGGAAAAGAAAAGCUUUUUCACCUGGGUUCGAGGUGAAAUUGGGUUGAAAAUCUAUUACGCGGACGAGGAAAUUCCACAGCCUUCUCAGCCGCCACCGCCGGCACCAACAGAAACACCGCCAGAGGAAGCAAAGUCCGAGAAAGCACCAGCACAAGAGGAAGCGAAGCCCGAUGCAACAGCAGCCCCAGAGGAAGCGGAGGCAAAGCCACCAUCUGAAGCAGCAGCAGCGGAGCCAGAUAAAGUCGAACAGUCUGAGGCGGCGGCUGCUCCACCUACGGAACCACCACCGGAAAGCGACAAGACCAGUGAAGAGCCAGCACCUGCUGAAGCUCCCACACCUGAAACUGAAAAUGCAGCUCCUGAUGCAGAAAAACCAGUUGUGCCUGAGCAGCCGCAACCGCCGACAGUAGAAGACGCCGAUCAGGUGAAAGCUUCACCACUGGAAACAUCUAGAACAAUGCCUGAAAUAAGGUUCAGUGGGCUCAACGUUCCACAAGGACCACAACCAAUUCGAAGGGCAGCAUCCGCAGCGAGCUUCACGUCCGACGUGUCGGACACCAUGUCCAUGGAGCGAUGCUCGUUUGAUCUAGUUGAGAAGAUGCACUACCUCUUCGUUCGGGUCGUGAAAGCACGAUACCUGCCCCCUAACUGUCAUCCCUUCGUGAAAAUUGCAGUUUCCGGUCAUCAAGUCACAUCCAAGCCCGCGCGUAAGACCACCUUAUUCGAAUGGGACCAAACGUUUGCUUUCGGCCGCGACUCCCCCGAAUCUGCUUCCCUCCUUGAAGUCUCCGUGUGGGACCCGCCUUUUUCAGCUCCCGCCACAUCAGACGAGGACUCUGGCUGUUUUCUGGGCGGGCUUUGCUUUGACGUGUCGGAGAUCCCACUCAGGGACCCGCCAGACAGCCCCUUGGCCCCACAGUGGUACCGAUUGGAAGGUGGCGGGGCCCGCUACGGGGACCUUAUGCUUGCCACGUGGGUCGGCACGCAAGCUGACGAGUCAUUCCCUGACGCGUGGAAAACGGACACGGCUGGGAGUGUUCAUUCUCGCGCCAAGAUCUACCAAUCCCCGAAGCUGUGGUACCUGAGAGCCACGGUGCUUGAAGCUCAGGACAUUCUGCCGUUGACGGUGAUGAAAGAGGCAUCCUUCCAGGUUAGAGCUCAACUCGGAUUUCAAGUGCUCAAGUCAAAAGUCUCCGUUAGUCGUAACGGCAUUGCUUCGUGGGACGACGAUUUAAUCUUCGUCGCAGCGGAGCCUUGGAGUGACCAGCUUAUUUUCACUCUUGAAAAUCGGCAACCUAAAGGAUCGAUCACAAUGGGUGUAGUGAGAAUACCUCUGACUAACAUUGAGAGAAGGGUAGAUGACCGUAACGUAGCAUCCCGUUGGGUCCCUUUUGAGGAUGUCAACAACGACAAGAGAGUUUACAAGGGCAGGAUCCACCUGCGCUUGUGCUUCGAUGGGGGGUAUCACGUGAUGGAUGAGUCUGCUCACGUGUGCAGCGAUUUCCGUCCCACGGCAAGGCAACUUUGGAAGCCGCCGGUUGGCACAGUUGAACUAGGAAUCAUCAGAUGCAGGAACCUCGUACCCAUGAAAACUGUAAACGGCAAAAGCUCCACGGAUGCGUAUUGUGUAGCCAAAUACGGCAACAAAUGGGUACGUACUCGAACCGUAUCCGAUAGCUUGGAUCCCAAGUGGAAUGAGCAAUACACGUGGAAGGUGUUUGAUCCCUGUACGGUUUUGACCAUUGGAAUCUUUGAUAGCUUCGGAGUACACGGAGUAGAUUGUGAGGAAGAAGCCGCAAGACCCGAUUUUCGCAUCGGCAAGGUACGAGUCCGCAUAUCCACGUUGCAAACGGGUCGAGUGUACCGAAACACAUACCCGUUACUUGUUUUGACCAGCGCAGGGACGAAGAAGAUGGGUGAAAUUGAGAUUGCCAUCCGAUUCAUUCGAACCAGUCAAAGGUUGGAUUUCCUUCAAGUGUACUCACAGCCAAUGCUGCCGUUGAUGCACCACAUCAGACCCUUAGGAUUGGCGCAGCAAGAAAUGUUGAGAAACACGGCGGUAAAGAUCGUGGCGGGACACCUGUCGAGAUCAGAGCCACCGUUGAGAAGAGAGGUAGUGCUUUACAUGCUAGAUGCAGACUCUCACAACUUCAGCAUGCGGAAGGUACGUGCUAAUUGGUACAGAAUCAUCAACGUGGUCGCGGGGUUCAUCGACAUCCUACGGUGGAUAGAAGAUACACGUGGGUGGAAGAAUCCAACGGCCACCAUCCUCGUGCAUGCAUUGCUGGUGAUGCUGGUGUGGUUUCCUGAUUUGAUAAUUCCGACGCUGGCAUUUUACAUAUUCGUGAUCGGAGCGUGGAACUACAGGUUCCGGUCAAGGGAUCCACUUCCGCACUUCGAUCAGAAAAUAUCACUGGCGGAGGUCGUGGAUCGGGAGGAGCUGGAUGAGGAAUUCGAUACGGUGCCGAGCAGCAGGUCGGGAGAUAUGAUACGGGUGAGGUACGAUAAGUUGAGGAUGCUGGGGACACGCGUGCAGACCGUACUGGGCGAUAUAGCGGCGCAGGGGGAGAGAGUGCAGGCGUUGGUGACGUGGCGAGAUCCACGUGGGACUGGCAUAUUUGUAGGGAUGUGUUUGGUUGUGGCGUUAAUGCUGUACCUGGUGCCGCCCAAAAUGGUGGCGAUGGCUUUUGGGUUCUACUAUUUAAGGCAUCCCGUGUUCCGUGAUAGGACGCCUUCGCCUGCCCUUAACUUCUUCAGAAGGCUUCCUUCAUUGUCAGAUCGAAUCAUGUGAUACAUUAGCGGAAUGUACGACUCUGAGUUGCUUUCUUUCUUCUUGUUUAAUGAAGCAAAGUGAACUAUAGAUGAGUUAUAUAUGUUCAUUGCUCUGUUACGCUGGCGUAUUAAUAAACAUCUCUCUUCAAUAA